AUGUCCUCUUCCACCGACAAUACCGACAAACCCACCAACACCUCAACCCCUACCACACCACCUCAACAAACACCAGGGCCCCCACCAGCUGACCUUUUCAACUGCAUUCGACGCUUCACAGACCACCACAUCGCUUCUGUGCUUCACAGCUUGAUUGGUCUACCCACAAUGCCACCUCCUCCGACUAGUAAUUGGAUCAUGGAUGAAGAAGACGCCCCCCCACGUCCCACCAGCACCAGCACAACCACUGCUGUCGCCCCGACCCCCACGCCCAACGCCUCCGCCCCCACUGCUGAGGAAUCCCAAAGUCAACAACCACAAUCAGCGCGUGGCAGAAUGGCCGAGUACUCUCUUCUCGGCGAACGCAUGUUCCGCCCUGAAGACGAGGAGAAGCUAGCCCUUGUGUGGAAACAGAUGCGCACGCUGCAUCGUGACUUUACGGCACCGUUUCUCGGGGGGGAUGUUUGGGGUACGGGAAUGAUGGGGAAGAGGGAGGCGAAGGGUGCCGCUACCGCGCCAUUAUUUUGGAGUGUGGGAAUGGUCGGGGAUGGGAAGCUAGGGCUGCUGCGUAGGAUUGAGGGAGGAGAGGAGACGGAGCUGGACGCGUACAAUGUCCUUGCUCCCCCAUCUCCACAGGUAGGCGCUGGAGCUAGGGGUAUUUUGACAACUACCACAUCCUCCUCCACCUCUACUACAACCUCGACUUCAACUCCAGCGGAGGAAGAUGGGAAAUUGAGGGUGGUAGAGACGGUAGCGACGACGCGCUCCUAUACUGGCCCAGACGGCGUCACCAGGACCACAUACACCCUGAGAAAGCGCUUCUCCGAUGGCAGUGAGGAGCGCGUGGAGGAGGACAGAACCACUGGAAUCGGCGCUGCUACUACAGGUGGCAGGAUCACCGAAAAAUAG